AUGUCAUUUCUCUUGACAGAUUACAACAUCUCCGCCCUCGCAAUCCCAGCAUACUACAUUCUCUCUCUCCUUCCCCACACCUUCGCCCUGAGAGUAGCUACUCAGGGCAAUCUCGCAACAUGGGAUAAUCGUAAUCCGCGCUCUAGCAGCAUGAAGGCGCAGCUCAAGGAAAAGUUGCCAGUGGACGUGUAUAACAAGUAUGAGAGGCUGGAAGCCUGCCAUGCUAAUGGAAUGGAGAAUAUGGCCCUCUUCGCUUCAGCGGUCAUCCUGGGCAACAUUGCUAGGCUUCAGCAAGACGAGUUGACGAAGUUUGUUGUGUCGUUCCUAGCUGUGCGUGUAACGUAUACCGCAGUCUAUGUAGCGAAUACGACGCAGGGGCUGGCGGCUGUAAGGAGUGUAUUGUGGUUCACGGGAGUGAGUCUUUGCUUUCGAACGUUAUUCAGGGCGGCGGGCGCAAUGGGCUAUUGA